CAUAGUGAAUUAAAUCUAAAAAAAGAGAAGGAUUCAGUUUAUCGAGAAUCCUGAUGCCUUGUAUACUCUUCCCACCUCACACCCACUCUGCUUGUUUUUUUCAGACGGUCAUUCAAAAAAAAUGCGGACCGGAUAUUUCGUUCCGGAACAAAGAGAGACAGAAGCGAGUUUAGAAAACAAAAAACCAACACCCGACAAUGACACCAACGCCGUUUUUCCUAACUAUGGGGAAAGGCCACUACAGUAUAUUAGACAAAUGAACAAGACUUUAUUAGUAACAUCUUUCAUUAGCAAAUAGAGAAAAAGAGUAUUACGUCUACAAAAAAAAAGACAGUUCAUUAUUUAAAAAUCCUGCAGUGUCUAAUUUUAGUUUUAAAAAUCAUAUUCUCUCUCCUUGUUUUUAUUUUCAUUUUCCUUUUCCGCUUAAAUGGAAGAACCACUAUUGAACGAACUACCCCGUGUCCCUGACUUUCGAAGUUUGGGUAAACACCAAGAAGGCUUCGCUACCGAGAUUGGCUCAAGCGAUGCCGACAGAAUUAAGCAAGCGAUCGAGGCAGCUCAAACGAAACCUGUUGAAAGCGUCGAAGCAAAGACUCGACCUAUUGUUCACACUGUCGCAGGAUACACGCUAUCAAAGCCGCUUUCGGACACAUCCCACAUAGGCUGGACCUCUUUUUCAUCCCUGCCUAACCCAGGCGGCACACUCAAAGUAGCAGCAACCGAAAAGAGAGACAAAGAGCAGAAAGAACUGUGGUCAGACGACGUGAUUAUCUACGUGGUUGGCAUAGGGUUUUAUAUCAUGGUUCAGCUAGGAGCAUCGGGUAUAAUCACAUUCAUGAUAGGGUUGUUGUUUAUAGUCUCCUACUAUCAAAUCUAUCAGGAACGGUUCAGACAGCGCGCCAAAGAUGAUAUUCAGCGCGAAAUAAAUCAAUUGUCACUUGAAAUGAUCGAGGGAGCCGAAUGGCUUAACCGGUUUCUACAAAAGCUUUGGCUCAUCUUUGAGCCUGUUCUGAGCACGUAUGUGAUUGAAAAUCUGGAUACCUAUCUUGUCGAUUACCUUCCCAACUUUUUGGAUUCGGUUCGUCUGAGCACAUUCACACUGGGUUCAAAGCCAUUCGUCAUUGAAAAAGUGCAUACAUUUAUGAACACAGGGCCAGACACGGUGUGUAUGGACUGGACCGUAUCAUUUCAGCCAGACAGUACGGUUGGUAUGACCAAAGAAGAAUUGGAGCAAAAAGUGAACCCAAAGAUUGUACUGCACAUUCGUCUGGGUAAGGGGUUCAUGGGUACAGCGUUUCCUGUUUUGGUCGAAAACAUGAGUUUUCGAGGACGCAUGCGAAUAAAGCUACAGUUGAUGAGUAAAGCGCCUCAUGUGAAGAUUGCUCAGUUUUGCUUUAUGGAAAAACCUGUAUUUGAUUAUGUGCUCAAGCCAAUUGGUGGGGAGACAUUUGGAUUUGAUGUGAACAAUAUUCCUGGCCUACAGAGCUUUGUUCGGGAUCAGGCGCAUGCUAUAUUAGGGCCUAUGCUUUAUUAUCCUAAUGUAUUUGAAUUUGAUGCUGAGAAAUUCUUCUCAGGAGAACUGGAUAUUAGUAGAGCCAAUGGCGUAUUAGCUAUCACGGUUCACUCAUGCUCCAAGAUUGCCACAAAUGACGCAAGUAUCAAUCCAUUCGUUCGAUUUUACUUGGAUGACGCUCAACAGGAACUAGAAAAGACAUCAAUCUGUGAAGACACGCGAUAUCCUCACUGGAAUGAAACCAAAUUCUUGUUACUUCAUGAUCUAAAGUCAAUUUUGACAAUGGAACUUCGUACGACCAACAACAUCAAGAAGGCAGGAAAGCGACUAGCAAGAGCUUAUUUUGAUUUAAAAGAAGUGGAAAGGGCACCAGAAUUAGAAUUGAAUGGCCUAGAAAUACCUAUGCUUCGUCACGGCAAGUUUGUUGCGAAUCUCAAGGCUGACGUAAAAUAUUUUUCUGUGUCUAAACCUAUAGAAAAUGCAGAUGGAGCGUUGAUUGAGCCAGAGCCUUCGAAUUCUGGAAUACUUCGUGUUACGGUUCACGAAUGCAGAAAUUUAGGAUCAACAAACAAAAUGAACCCUUAUGCGGCGAUCAAAAUAAAUGGAGUUGACCGAUUCCAAACACCUACGUUCAAGCAUACUACGAAUCCCAAGUUUGAAAGAUCGUUUGAAAUCCUUGUGCUGGAUAAGACAGAGGUACAUAUCAAUGUCGGUUUAAUUGAUAAUUUGAAUCAAGUUUUGCUUGGUCAAUGGUCGGCUUAUUUGAUGGAUAUAUUCAAACAGCAAGACGAAAGAGAAUAUUGGUGGAAUUUGGUUCGAGAUACUAAGGAAAUCAAGGCAAGGUUACGAUUAAGCGUUCAGUGGAGACCUGUUGUCAUGACUGGGCUGUCAAAGAUGGGAGGCGCGUCCGGUUUUUACACAUCACCUGUUGGUGUCAUCAGACUGUCACUUUGGUCCGCUACCUAUGGAGACAACUUGAAACGUGAUCCUUACGUCCGUAUCAAAUCUGGAUCUCAGGUGCGAGCAAGAACAGAGACCCUUGAUCGCACAGUAUCUCCUGAAUGGGGAGAAUUCCACUACAUACCUAUCCAUUCUAUACGAGAAGACCUAGUAUUGGAAUUGAUGGAAUCUACUGACACUAAGGAUAAAACUUUGGGAUCAACCUUACUUCAGCUAAAGGAACUGAUACAGCAACAAAAAGGAGAUAUAAUUGGGUAUGAAUCACUUGUAGAAAAGCUAGAAAAAGAUGCACCUCUGAAUGACCAAAAGAACGCAAAGUUACGUUACUCAGCCGAGUUUUAUCCAACAUUGAACCCAGCAAUUCACAAGGGCACAAGGUAUACUCCAGAUGAUAUCGUCGAUUUGGUAUCCUACAGCACAGGUGUCCUUACGGUAAAAAUACACGAACUAAAGCUUAAUAAGCCAUUCGAAGUAUACUGUCAGCUCUUGGUCGAUUCGCUAUUGCCUCAGUACAAAACAUCCAUUCGAAAAGGGAAAGUUUUGACCUUUGGGGAGACGUCAGAUGCAUUUAUCAAGGAUGUAGGGUUCUCUAGAAUAGCUGUAGAAGUAAAACCCAGUGAUAAGACAGAAAGUGAUGAAAGCAAGAUUGGCUAUUGGUACGAGAGCAGUGAGCGUAUUGUUCGCAGCAUUCAGAAAAGAAUUCGAAAUGGACAAAGCUUUGAAGAGGAUGAAGGCGUUUGGUACGACCUGAUAGGAGGAGCAGGACAGAUCCGCCUUAGCUUUGAUUAUACGCCUUUGUUGAACUAUAGGAUGAAUCCAGAUGAGAGUUUAGAAAAUCAAGGCAAUCUGACUGUUACACUGAUAAGUGCAAAAAAUCUCAAGGCAGCUGAUAAAUCGGGUACAAGUGAUCCUUAUGUAAAGUUUACUGUCAAUGGAGAAGUAGUGCAUAAGAGUGCCACUAUCAAGAAAACAAUCAAUCCGAUUUGGAAAGGAGAAACGUUCCAGGUACCGAUAGUGUCUCGAGUGACUGCAAGCUUUAGAAUUGAAGUAUUUGAUUGGAAUCAAAUGUCUGGAGAUGUUCCAUUGGGAUCUGGUGGCAUUUCAUUAAGAGGGGAUAGGGUCGAAAGCUUCUUUGCCCGUGAAUGGGACAUACCACUGGAUGGUGUUGAAGGAGUGGAUCGAUCCUCUGUCCGCAUUCGGCUCAAGUGGGAGCCACAGUUACUGGUACGCAAAAGGACACAUACAACCUUCAUGAAGACAGCGAUACAGCGUGUGACAACCAAAAUGGGAACUACUGCGUUCAAUUGGAGCCAGCAACUACCAAGGAGUGUUAGCGUACCCAACAAGAUAAAUAUGGAGAUUGUUGAAGCUAGAGGACUAACAGGGGAAAAGGACGAAGAUGGGACAAAAUUAAACCCAGUGGUCAUCAUCAGCAUUGAUAACACGCUUGUUUUCAAAACCAGAAAGGCAAAAAAGACAGGUCAACCCGUGUGGCAUGAGCAUGUGUGUUUGAAUCAAUUGAGCGGAGAAAAGGUGUUGGAGAUCAAGGUCAAAGAUGUCCAUACGUUUCAUUCUGCAGAUAUUGGUACUUAUAGAAGCACAAUGAAGGAAUUUAUGUCUAUAUCUGCUCAGCCUGAUCGGUGGUUGCCGCUCGAGCCACAAGGAGAAAUUCGUGUAAAAUUGGAAAAUGCUUGAAUGCGGUCAUUUAAUUUAUAAGUUUGAAUAAAGGCACC